GCUGCUGCGGUGGACAAGGCAAACAUUCCACGUCCGUACAAGUGUCCAAUGUGUCCCAAAUCAUUCUAUCGCCUCGAGCACCAGACCAGACACAUCCGCACCCACACCGGCGAAAAGCCACACCAAUGCACCUUUCCUGGCUGUGAAAAGCGCUUUUCACGCUCGGACGAAUUGACCCGACAUGUCAGAAUUCAC